ACUUGAAUAUAUUAAAAACGCGGUGAUUUAAAUUUGCUUAAUAGUUUGCUGAAAGCAACGGCAAAAGAUUUGCUUGCACACACAUAAACUCGAUAAAAAUACACAACUAAAAAAAAAGCCGGGAAAAAUGCAAUCGCAUAGCAAAAAGCGCGUUUGCUAUUAUUACGACAGUGAUAUUGGCAAUUAUUAUUAUGGCCAGGGACAUCCGAUGAAGCCGCACCGCAUACGCAUGACACACAAUCUGCUGCUCAACUACGGCCUCUAUCGCAAAAUGGAAAUUUACCGCCCGCAUAAGGCUACAGCUGAUGAGAUGACUAAAUUCCAUUCGGAUGAAUAUGUGCGCUUUUUGCGCUCCAUUCGACCCGAUAAUAUGACGGAAUAUAAUAAACAAAUGCAGCGAUUUAAUGUCGGCGAAGAUUGUCCCGUCUUCGAUGGACUCUACGAGUUCUGCCAGCUGUCUGCGGGUGGAUCUGUGGCAGCUGCCGUCAAGCUCAACAAACAGGCGUCGGAGAUCUGCAUCAAUUGGGGCGGUGGCUUACAUCAUGCCAAGAAAUCGGAGGCAUCCGGUUUCUGCUAUGUUAACGAUAUUGUUUUGGGCAUUUUGGAGCUGUUGAAAUAUCAUCAGCGUGUGCUCUACAUCGACAUCGAUGUGCAUCACGGCGAUGGCGUCGAGGAGGCAUUUUAUACCACAGAUCGCGUGAUGACUGUCAGUUUUCACAAGUACGGCGAGUAUUUUCCGGGCACUGGCGAUUUGAGGGACAUUGGCGCUGGCAAAGGCAAAUAUUAUGCUGUCAAUAUUCCACUCAGAGAUGGCAUGGAUGACGAGGCAUACGAGAGCAUCUUUGUGCCCAUCAUCUCGAAGGUAAUGGAGACCUUUCAGCCAGCUGCCGUUGUGCUGCAGUGUGGGGCAGAUUCCCUCACAGGAGAUCGGCUCGGCUGCUUCAAUCUGACGGUGAAGGGGCAUGGCAAGUGUGUGGAGUUCGUAAAGAAAUAUAAUCUGCCCUUCCUCAUGGUUGGUGGCGGUGGCUACACCAUUCGCAAUGUCUCUCGCUGCUGGACCUAUGAGACUUCUGUUGCACUCGCCGUGGAAAUAGCCAAUGAGUUGCCGUACAAUGAUUAUUUCGAAUAUUUUGGCCCCGAUUUCAAGCUGCACAUCAGUCCAAGCAAUAUGACGAAUCAGAAUACGUCUGAGUAUCUGGAGAAGAUCAAGAGUCGUCUCUUUGAGAAUCUGCGCAUGUUGCCACAUGCGCCGGGCGUACAGAUUACGGCUAUACCGGAGGAUGCCAUCAACGAUGAGUCCGACGACGAUGAGAAGGUCGACAAGGACGAACGUCUGCCGCAGAGCGACAAGGAUAAGCGCAUUGUGCCCGAGAACGAGUAUUCCGACUCGGAGGACGAGGGCGAGGGCGGCAGACGGGACAAUCGGAACUACAAAGGACAGAGGAAGCGGCCACGACUCGACAAGGAGCCCAUCAUCACCAAUUCCAGCAACAAAACAUCCUCGGAAGCCUCCAGCGAUAUCAAGGAUGAGAAGGAGAAGGUCGAGGCCGUUGAUGGCGAGGAGGCAACUGCCAGCAGCAACAAUAGCAACAACAGCAGCGGCAGCAACAAGGGCAACAACGACAACGAUGCGGCGAGUGUGGCAACAACGGGUGGCGCCUCCGCGACUAAGGGGGGCGCCAAGGAGAACAACAUUUGACGUGGCGGCCGCAAUUGGUUAUAGAAGCCAAUUAAGCGACCGCCCAAAUAUAAACCGCCCGAUUUUACCUAAUCCCGGGAAAUUCCGCUAAAUUCCGUGAGUCCCCAGCGCAGUUUCCACAAAAUUUUCUUCCAGACUUCAUCAACUGAUCCGCCGCUUCAAGUGGAUGACACAAAAGCAGUCAGCAGCCUCAUCGAGGACACCAGCUCCACAAUCGGAAAUUAAAACUGAAACUCAUUGUAAACUAAAAUACACUUUUAUUGUAAGAGAAAACAUUUAAUUUCAGUGUAAAGCAAGUUCGUGUUUAAGCUAAGAUAAAAAGUUAAAAGAAACAGCUACAUUUAAACCACACACACAUUUUACAGAUACAGAUACAGAUAAAGAUAAAGCUAAAGAUACAGUUACUUACCGAGAUAAGAUAUAAGCGAGAUCCAUUUUGUAAUCAAUCAACAAACCUUUAUAAAUAUAACUUAAACUGAA